UUAAGCUCACGUAUAGAACAACUCUGUCAUCAGUUCCUAGAUUCACCAUGGAGGCUAACAACAAACUGAUCCUCGUGUUACUCAUCUAUGUGCUUCCUCACAUCAUCUUUUCUUCGGCAACCUCCGCGUCAGCAAAAGAGUACGAUACGAAGGCAUACGUGGACUCGUGGUGCCGGACAACCUUAUACCCGAACCUGUGCGUCCGGUCGUUGUCUCGUUAUGUGCGUUCACGGGCUAUGCAAAAUCCUAGAGACCUGGCGCGAUUCGCCCUCAAAGCAAGCCUAUACCGAGCCAAGUACACAAAGGCGUUCUUGCUAAAAGAAGUGACGAAACUGGAGAGGGUGAGGCCCCAAUACUACGCGUUGGUUCACGACUGUUUGACUCAGAUGAGAGACAGCGUGAACCAGCUGAGCCUAGCAAUAGCGGAGCUGGACAGGGUGAACAGGAGAGGAGGAAAGAGCCAAGUAAAUCUGGAGUGGCACAUAAACAACCUGCAGACGUGGACAAGCACAGCUCUGACAGACGCGGAGACAUGCGUGAGUCAGUUCCCGGGGCGGAGGAUGAGCAAGUUGAAGGCUACGAUUAAAGGAAAAGUGAAGAACGUGGAGGAAACAACAAGCAAUGCCCUCGCCUUCAUCGAGCACUACGCUGCUGCUAGGUACAGAGCCAGACGCCCCUGAACGUUACGCUGUCUCUACCAACUUGUCUUCUGAUCACAUUUAUAUGAUGCGAUAAUGUGCUGUUUGCUACUUCUUGAUCUCCUCGUAAUUAAUUAUACGGAUGUUCUCUGUUUGAUUACCGAAAAAAAAUAUAUA